AUGAAGUUCGCCGCAGGAAUCCUCGCCGCCACCAAUGCCCUGUCCCCCGUUCCCGUCAUCAUCGGCGGCAGCAUUGUCAAGCCCAACUCUGAGCCAUACAUCCUCUCUCUCCAGCGAAGUGGAUCCCACUUCUGCGGUGGCUCCCUCGGCACUUUCGUCUCCAAGGGUAUCACCGCCGCCCACUGCUUCUAUAACAGUGGCGUCACCGCCGUCGCAGGUGCUCACAACAUUCGAGUCAACGAGAACACCACCCAGAAAAGAACCGUUUCUACUUUCCGACGACACCCCAACUACAACAGCCGAACUUUGAUCAACGACAUCGCUGUUCUUCUCUUCUCCUCCGCCUUCACCGUCGACACCUACGUCACUCCAAUCUCCCUCCCUCCUCACAGAAACGAGGAAUGGAUGCCAAACGGCGCUCAGGUCCGAGUCUGCGGCUGGGGCAACACCUCGACCUCUGGAUCCGCUUACCCAAGCGAACUCCACUGCGUCAAUGUCAACAUCAUCUCCAACGACAUCUGCAACACCAAAGACCGAUACGACGGAGAGAUCCUAAAGGGAAUGUUCUGCGCCGGUAUCUUGGAUGUCGGAGGCAAAGACGCUUGCCAGGGUGAUUCUGGUGGACCAGUUACCUACAACAACCAGGUCGUCGGUGCCACCUCCUGGGGAUACGGCUGCGCUCAGGCAAAAUACCCAGGUGUCUACACUGAUGUCGCCAUGUUCAAGAACUGGAUUGAUGCCCAAUAA